AUGCAGUGCGAUCAACAGCUUUCCCAUUGCGGACAGUGCAUCCGCAUGCGCGAGGCAUGCCCCGGGUACCGAGAUGAAUGGGACCUUGUCUUUCGUGACCAGACUGACCAUACCAUCAAACGCACUAAGGAGAAACGGGCAAGGAGCGCGACGGCAGCUGGGGCCAACGACACCUCGCCGACCCGUGGGCUGAGCCCCAGUCCUGACGAGAUCGGCAUCAAUUAUUUUCUCCGCAACUUCGUCAUUGGCAGCCAGUCUUCUUCACGCGGAUAUCUAAACUAUAUUCCGUCCGUCUAUGUGAACGAUGGCGAGCAUCCAACGCUAGUGGCCAGCUUGGCAGCCGUAGGGCUUGUGACGUUGGCUAAUUCAACUCAACAGCCCGAGCUAGCCAGCCACGCACGCGCGAAGUAUUUGGAGGCGAUACAUAAUAUUAACACCGCGCUCGCAUCGCCUGCGGAAUCCGUCAAAGACAGCACUUUGAUGUCAGUGAUCUCAUUGGGGUUGUUUGAGCAAGUCUCCGGUUUUGAGACUUGGGUUCGACAUGUCGAAGGCGCUGCAGCCCUAGUGGUUGCCCGGGGUAAGGGCCAGUUCUCUAGCCCAGUUACAAUCCGGAUGUUCAAUCAAGUACGCGCCGAUCUGGUAAUUGCCAGUCUUCAUGGCACCAAGCCAAUUCCGCAAGAUAUGCUUGAGCUACAGGAAGAGGCUGCCGGUCAUACAGACACUGCUAGUGCAUUCUGGCAGCUAGGGGUAUUGGGCACUCGAUGCGCCAAUCUUCUUUUCGCCUUGAGAAAGUUUACUGGAGAAGGCCCCUUCGCUGACUUUCUGGAAGAAGCCACUUUGAUUGAGCAUGACUUUCAACGCACCGUGGAGAGCCUGGCCAUAGAAGAACCUUAUAUAACCACCCAGGAGCCGCGUGGAGACCCAACCAUCAUUCUCAAUGGCCGAGUUGACCGUUACCGAGACAUCUGGGCGAUCAGAGUUUGGAACAAUUCCCGGAACCUGCAGAUGAUUCUCUGUGAGAUAAUUUGUUUCCUCUUGAACACAAUUCUCGGCCAAAAUCUUGCACCGGCCCUCCAGAGGAGUAUGAGUCGUAGGCUCCAAGAGACGCUGCAAACCUUGUCGAAGCUGGGAAACGACUUUCUCGCUACCAUUCCCCAGGCUAUGGAGUUAGCAUCUUCACCAUCUGAUCCUCGCCCAUCUGUUGAUCUCUCCUUCCGCGGCAACAUCUCAGGUGGUUCUAUGUUGACUUGGGGUCUCUACAUGGUAGGGAAGUGCGCGGUCACUACCAAAGACACACGGAAGUGGAUUAUUCAACGCCUUCAAAGCAUCGGUAGCAACACCAGUACCUCGGUCGCGCUGCACCUAGCAGAAGACAUUAUCAAAAUAGAUCAGUUGGCCGGCUGA